CCGCUGGAGUCGGUUCAUAGACUACGUCGCGUUCCGACCUACGUAUAUGUUAGGCGCGUAAAUCCGUCGUAAACCGAGGUUCCCAGUGGUCUUAUCUGACCCAGUUUGUGUAUUUAUGAUAGAGCCUGUUGCACACAAGCAACAUUUGUGGAGGACACACGUCCACGUGCAACAGCGACCCCCAGCAGUGACGCGUGACCCGAGUGAGCUGCUCUCACACCGGCCAGCCGGUCAGCAACAGGACCCAAGGUUCCUCACGUUCACCUGCGUCCACUGCAGCCCAACACUAAUCCCAACUACACAACAGGACACAUGCCAAUUUCUUCACGCCCCCCCCCCCCCUCCAAAAUACCAGUCUUGUCUACGCUCUGCCUCGUUUUCCAUCAGCACAAGUAGAUUUUUAGGCGGUUAAGUUAGCCGGGAUGGACUCAAAGCGUGAUAAUAAAGAGCAAGAGGGAGAGGUCGAGAAGAUAACCGCUGUACUGCUCAAGUCGCACUCGGGAGAGUUUGAUUUGGAGUCCAUACUGUUUCUCAAAUUUAGGUGUCUCGGAAUACACGAUCUUGGGUGUAUAGGGGCGUGUAUGAAUUUGGAGAGACUGGACCUAUCUGGCAAUAAUAUUGUCAAUUUAGUUCCACUGUCGUCUCUUCGGCUGCUUUCUGUUCUCAAUUUGUCUGCUAAUAGGAUUUCCAAUUUAGAACCCCUGCACACUUGUGACAAUCUACAAAAUUUAAACCUCGCUGGUAAUAUCAUCUCCAGUAUCGAUAACCUUAUCUGCCUUCAGUCUUUGAGAAAGAUAGAAAGUAUUCGUCUCAAUGACAACACCUACAAUUAUUCAAAUCCAGUGUGCAGAAACGUGUCAUAUAAAACCGUAGUUCUUGAGAUGUUCCCCAAUGUCAAGGUGCUAGAUGGGGAGAGAGUCGUCGGACGUGGGAGCGACUUGUACCAGCUAUGCAAAGACAUUGAUGACACCAUUAAAGCCGGUCUAUACAAGAAUGGACAACUUGUUGAACAUCAGGAUUGCAAGCCAUGGGUCGAGGAUACUUACUGGGACAUAAAACAAUCCAACAAUGCCAUUGUUGAAGAAGCCUACAAGCAGUUUAACGACAUUCUUCAUGAAUGCAGACUCCUAAACAACAGAGCAACCCAUGCAAUUUCCCAGACUGAAAGAUCAAUGAGCCUGAAGAAACAGCCAAAGCAGUAUGCCAUCUGAACCGGGCCUAUUUGUGUGUUGUCUGUAUUUAUUUAAAAAUGACAGUGACGUAUGUGCAGUAGUAUGACUAAGUUCAGCGCAAUACAGACUUUGCCAGACAUACAUGCUGAUUUGUGGUGUUUGUUAAUAUUUUAAUGCACCCUAUGUAUUGGCUUUUGGAGGAUACAUUGUAUUAUAUGCUGACUCAGUUUGAACUGUCUUUACUUGCACACUGUGCAUUCUGUGCCAUUUUCGUAGUCUGCAUUCAUGCAGAGACAUAUGCUGCUAAAAUGUCUAAAUAUUCCAAGUGAUUAAAAACUUUUCCAUUUUGCCGGAUCAUUCUGGGAGCUUCCCGUUGCUGUAAUGCUUUUUGACAGGUAGCAAAUUGUGAUUGAAUGUUCAUCUGUUUAUACUUGUUUUAUACCAUAAAAAAUA